UGGAGUGGAAAAUACAGUAGGAAGAGAUAUAUACAGAGAACAUGAAACAGUGGGUGUUACCAUACACACUGUAAGGAGAAUAGGAGUACUUGUGGCACCUUAGAGACUAACAAAUUUAGUCACCCACUCCUGUGAUGGACCCACAGGGAUUCAGGCCCAGCUGCUCUGGUGAAGGUUACAAACCAGUUUACUCUGUAGCUCCCUCUUCAUUCCCCUGCAUCAUGGGAAGAAAGUGGUGCACAGACCCUGGAGUGGGAAUUAUGGACUUUUGUGAACCCUGCAACCAAGGGGAGAUGCUGAGAAGAGGACUGUGGCCCAGGAAGGGCGAAGGGCUUGUGUUAAUUUGUUUGGAUUCUCACUCCUCCCAGAAGAGGGAGGACACUUGUUGCCAUGGUGACUGUGGGGAGCUACACUGAAUUUAUUACCCAACUGCUGAGGGGAAACUGAGGCAUGGCCAGAGUUCAACUGAGGAACAGGCUCACCGGAUGCCAGGCCAGAUCACCUGGGAGAGAAGCCAAAGCCAGGGACACUGCACUGACUGGAACUGACUCUGCCACGACUGCGUAGAGCCAUUUCUUGCAGCUGGCUCCAAGCUGAUCAGAGUCCAGCACCCACCGCUGCCUCCCUGAGAGGAGAAAUGCGGAAGGGAGCAGAAGCAGAUCCUCCUGGACAGCUUCUUAACAGCUCCAUAGACUUGAAGGGUUCUGGAGAACGAGAUCAUCCAGCUAAUUCCAGCUCCAGGAAACCUGCAGUAUGGGAUCGUCCAGCUGCCCUCAGAGCCAUAAUCGUGGUUACAAUGGUCGUCAUCAUCGCUCUAGUAGCAGCUUUGAUAGUGGUAACAUCUAAGCAGCCUCCUCCAUGCCCCCCUGCUGCCCCCUGGUGCCCGGAAGGCUGGAUCCGGAUCCAAGGGAAAUGUUACUAUUUUUCUAAGGCUGAAGAGAACUGGACCUACAGCCAGAGCUUCUGCUCUUCACACGGUGCCUCCCUGGCCGGGAUUGAGAGUCCGCAGGAGCUGGGUUCCUUGCUGCCAUACGAAGGCAAACUGGACCACUGGAUCGGCCUCCGGAAGGACACGGGCCAGGUCUGGAAAUGGGCCGACGGGACCGAGUUUGACCAUUGGUUUCAAAUACACGGAGGCGCAGACUGUGCGCAGCUGGACGAAGAUUUCACUGUUGUCACAUCAAGCUGCAGCACACCAAGAAAAUGGAUCUGCAGUAAACCUGAUACCCCUGGGAAGGGAGAGGAGGGAGCAGUGGGAGGGGAUUCGUGAACUCAAGGGGAAUUAGAGACCAGCUGUGGC